AUGAUAUAAAACUGGAUAGGGAAAUUAUUAUUUAAUAUUUGCGGAGAUCUGGUGGAGGAUUUCCCUAAUAAUGAAAUUGAAAUAAAUAAAUGGUAAGGGGUUGGAGAAAAAAGAAACAUUAAGUUUAAAUAAAACAAAGUAAGAGAAUGGAUGAUGGAAUAUUUUGGAUUAAAUGUCGAUGUGAAAAGGGCUGAGAUUGAAUUGUUAUAAUUUAAAAUCCCUUGGAAUAGAAUUUGGAAAGAACCUACUAAAAUUCUUGUCAAAGAUGCAUUUAUUUGUGUGUAAACCAGAGAAGAAUUCUCACUUGAAUUGAUGCGUCUACAGUAUUAGAGUGACUUAAAAGAUUUCAUUGAGCAUUGCUAUAAGAAACUUUUCAAUAAUUUUACAAAUACUAAAAAGCAAAGCAAACUAAAAAGAGCCCUUAAAAAUUUCUUUUCCGAAAUGAUUAUCCUAGAAGUGUAAAACUUCCAUCUCAGAUUAGAAGAUGAAGAUAAUGCUGUUAAACACAAUCGCGUAGCAUUAGGAGUCUUAUUUAAAACAUUGACUUUACAACCCUCUUAUAAUAAUAAAAAUGAAUAAGAAAUUAAAAGAAAAUUAGAUUUCUCAGUUGAAGCCCUAAGUAUGUAUCUAAAAAUUGAACCAACUUCUAAGCAAUCUAAUUGUCUUUCACCUGAUUAUGUAGAAUAGCAAAAUGUUAUCAUAGACCCAUUAUCAUUUCGAAUACUCAUACAUACUAAUUUAACUUAGUAAGAGGAAAUACCUUUAAAAUAUAUAGAAAUUUAAUUUGGCGAUGAUAUUAAAAUAAACAUCGAUAAUUAAUAAUUUUAAACCAUUCUCAAAUUAUUGAAACUAAGAGAUUGGUAUUGCCAAUAAGGAGAUCAUUUACAAUAUCGACCUUAAUAUAAAUCUAGUCCCAAAGAUAGUCCUUUUGAAUGGCUUCUCUAUUGGAAAUAAAUUGUCACCUUAAUUAGAAGUAGAAUUAAUAAAUAAAAAAUUAAUCUUAAAUCUAAAAUGAGAAAUGAUUUGGUUAAAUAUAUUGUUGUUGAUUUUCUUCACCAACAAUAUUAACAAAAUGAUGAUAAUCGAUAUUGUAUUGAUGAUUAAAUGAUAUUAUAUACAGAUAUACUAUAAAAUAAACAGUAAAUAGAAGACAAGUUACUCCAAGAAGAAAUAGAAUUAGUAUUCUAUAAGGUAAAUAAAAUAUUAAACUCACCUGAAUAAUUAAAAGAUAUUCUAGUAAAAAUGAAUUUAGAAUAACCUUAAUAAUAAGAGAAAAAAUAAACCAUUUGGUCCUAUUUUUGGAAAUAAAAGCAAUAACCUGAAGAAGGUACAGAAUUUCAAUCUAAAUACGAGAAAUUAUACACUUCAAUAAGCUAAAAUGAAAAUAGAUGUUUGAAAAGAUUAGAAAUAUAAAUUUCAAAUAUAUUGAUUAACUUAAAAAUUGCUUAAGAAAGAUCCACUGUUUUUAUGAAAAUCGAAUUAAAAGAAUCCCUAUUACAGUAUGAGUCAUUCUUAAAAAUCCGAAAAUUUAUAUUGAAGCUAAAAAGAAUUACUGCAUAUGAUUGUUUAAACCCUAAUAAAGAUUUUUAAACAAUCUUUUGUUAUCAUUCAUAUAUUGAGAGAUCUUAGAGGCAUUAAUAUUUAAGUUAAGACCAAUCACAAAUAGAAAUUUCAUUUGAAUAUAAUAAAGAAGCUAAUAAAUCGCUUUUUAAAGUGAAAUCAUUACCUCAUUUAAUGUCCUUGAAUGAUACAGUCUUAGCGCGUCUACAGCCGUUUCUCAAAUAACUAAGAAAAAAUGAUUAUUUCUAUGACAUUGUCUUCAUAAGUUAAGGUAAUUUCAAGAAAAGCGAAUUCAUAAAUGUGAUAUCAAAUUUAUGCAAAGCAAAUCGUUUAAUACUAGAUAUUAAUAUAUCUCAUGUUACAAUUCGAAUCCCGGAAAGUGCGAUCAAAACAAAUUGUCCAGUCCUUGAGAUUACCCUUGAAAACUACCUAUUACAAUUUCUAAAUACAGUUACACAACAAAUAAAUAAAUUUGCUAUUAACUUUUAAUAUGUUGAAAAAAAUUGUAAAUAAUCCAUUCACAUCUUGCAGCCAGUUUCAAUCACCACUAAAGUUGUUUAAUUAUAAAAUUAAGAUGAGCAGAAUAAAUUGAAUGAGCUUACUGAUCUAGUGUUAGAAAAUAAAAUUAGCGAUAUCUUCAUUACAAUUCCAAUAUUAAAAACUGACUUUUUUAAGAAUUUUGUUUACAAUGUUUUAGGAACUUUAGAUAAUUUAAAGAAGAUUUCUAUUUUUUUAUAAAAAGAAGAUUCUGUUAAUUAAUCAUCAUCAGUUAACUCUAUAAAUAGAAGGAAGAGGUCCAGAUCUUGGUCUUAGUAAAGAGAUUAAUCGUCAAGAAGAGAAGAUUGCUCAUCUCAAACCAGCGAAAUUUAUUAUGAUGCUGAAGAAUUCAUAAAUAUUCCCUUCAUUUAAUCUAUCACAUAAAGUAGAUAGCAAGUAUCACCUUAAGAAAAGAGAGAAGAAAUGCUAAAAAAAUGGAAUAAAAUAAGAAUUAAUCUAAAUUAUUUGGUGAACAAAAUAUUUAAAGAAGCUGAUCCAAAAAUUAGUUAAUUUCUCGAGUCCUUGAGAUUAAAAGCAGUGUUCGAAUUACAGAAAUUCUAAAUUAAAGUUGCUAUAUAAAAAAAUAAUGAAAGAAACUCAUAUUUUUAUAUUGAUAAUAUUAAUGUGACUAUUGAAAAGGCUUUUAAAGUUAAGCAUUUCGGUUUCCAGCUAGAGAUAAAUACAAUAACAUUAUCAAUUUAUAAAUUACAUUAAUUGAAAUAACUAAAAAAAUAUUCAGGCCCAUAAUCAGAUGACAUAAUGGCCUAUAUAAAUGAAGAUAUGCUCAAUUUACUUCCUUUUUUAUUAAGAAUAAAAGAGUUACAAAUUUAUUAUUUAAUUUCUGUUAAAGAAAUUAAAUUAGAAUUACAAAAUAUUAAAGAAGCUAAUUAAAAUUAUCUAACGACAUGUUUAAGCAAUUUCAACCUUUAAAGCUAAUUGCCUUUUAAAAUUAUGUAUAAAGAAAAACUCUCUGAUAAACCUUUCUUUUUAGAAAUUAAUAAUUCUGUAUCUUCAUGGGACACUACAUGUGAUUGCAAAUUUAUUAUGAAUAUAUUAUAUUACAAUGGAAAACUCAAAUUAUAUGAACCCAUUUUAGAUACUUGUGAGGCAAUAAUUACUUUUUAAAAAAGCUCUGAGGAGCUAUGUUUUGAAACAAAAUUUACCUAAUUACUUUUUAAUAUUACUCCAUAACUCAUAUUCACACUUUAUUCAUUGAACUAGCAUUCAUUAUAAAUUAAAUAGUUUUUAUUGUAAGAUUUAAAUAAUUCAUAAGAUUAAAUAGUUGUAAAGUAAAACUUAACGUAGAAAUUUGAAAUUGAAAUUGAACAUGAUAAUGCUAAAUUGCUAGUAGAUUAAAUUGAAAUUUAGCAUUCUUAUCACUAUAAAACUAAAUAUCGAAUUCAAUUGUAAACUGCUAAUUCUGACGAUGAAGUUUCUAAUGAAAAAAUAACCUAACAUUCAAGACACGUCACAUUUCAUGAUCAAGAUCCAUCACCAUCAAUUAAAUAAUAGCAAACACCAAAUUUUAAAAAACAAACCUCAUUAUUAGAAGACGAAAUCCUAAAAGAUUAAUCAAAUGAGAAAGAUACUAUUAAAAGAAUUGCUAGUGAAAUUGAUUUUUCUGAGAAGUAGCGUUUUGUGACUGAGAUUUUAGGAGAUUACUUACCUAUUGAACAGAGCACAAAAUACAUUUUUGUUAAUCUAACAGUUCAAAAGUUAUUAUUCAAUUUAAAUGGAAUUGAAUAAUAUAUAAAUGAAAAAGAAAGCAAGUUUGUUAGAUGUACUGAAGUUAUGGCAUUUAAGUUUACUUCUUAAAGGAAUUUUUUUCGAUAUAGUUCUUUAAUUAGAACAAAAGAAGAACGAACAUACUUUUUGAAAACAGAUAAUAGGGAUCAUAAAUUAAAGACAAUUUAUUAUUUAUUAUCAAUAAUAAAUAGAAACUAAAAUCAAAUUAUAAUUUAUCAAAUUGAGUAACUACCUAAAGCGCCAUAUUUGAUCAAAAACAAGUGUUCAUAACUUAUAAUAUUCUAUUAACAAAAUUUUGAAAAACAAUAAUGUAUUUUAGAACCUGGAAAGUCUUCUGGUUUUUGUUGGGAGGAUCCAUUUUAAGCUCCAUCAUUACAGUUAGAAAUUCACUAUGAGGGCCAAACAAAACGAUUUUUAAUUGAUAUCGAUAGAUUCAAUAAUUAAGAAUUGUAAAUUGAUAAGUAAUUGGAUUCAACUAUUGAUAAAGAGUACAGUUUAGAAAUCUUUAACGAUGGAUUAUAAAAAGUCAUUGUUUUAGCCGAAGCCCAGUCAUUGAAAAAGAAAAAGAAAUCUUAUAAGAUAUCAUGUGAAUUGAUAGGAUUUUCAUUCAUUGAUGAAUGGGAAAUUUUAUACGCAGAAAUUAAUAAUACUAAAUAUUUUUAAUAAUAGUAAUAGACUGAUAUAGUAACUUAUUAGAUUUCUGCUGAAAAUAUCUAGCUUGAUGCAUGUGGAUUACCAAUACCAAAAAGAUAAUUAUAUAUUGUAAAUAAUUAGAUAAGCAAUCUAAACAAGUCUAAUGGUUAAAAAAAGUCUAUAACAUAAUCUUAAUUAAUAUAGGACACAUAAUCUGCUCUUCAGGAAUAAUUAAAAUUAAAAAUUAAAUAAAAAACAAUAUCUGAAAUUUUGGUUCAUUUAAAGUAUGUGAAAGUUAGAAUCCCAAAUUAUAAAAUCAUAAUUGAUAGCAAUCUAUUAUUACAAGUCUUUUCAUUUAUAAAACACACAAAAUUACUCUUAGAUGCUUUCGAUACUCCAAAAUAAAAGUCAAAAUCAAUUCUACUAUAACAAUCCUUUGAAAAACUUAACAAUUCAAAUAUUAGUGACAAAUAAAUUUAAAUCUAACCUAAAAAAAUUCAUAUUGAUAAAGUUAUAAUAAGACCAUUUUCUGUAAAGAUGAGGUUUAAGAAUUUAUUGAAUAUGGAAUAAGAACUCAAAACCUUACAUCAUCAAGCAGGUUUGAUCACCUUCGUGCUAAAUCAAUUUCAGCAAUUGAACCUUGAAUUUUAGCAAUAUGUUAAAACAGACUAUUAAUAAUUUAUGGAUGCAAAUUAUGAACUUCACAUUAAAGCUUUAUUUAAUGUCUUCGGCGAGUCCAUAAAUUAAUAAAUAAGAUGUCAAGUAAACCCGACAAAUUUUUUAAAAAAUUAAGGAAAUUUAGCAAAAUAAUUCAUCACAGAAUUAAACAAUUUACAAAAUGAAAUGGAUAAAAAUGAUAUAUUUUAAGGCGGUUUACCAGUUAAAUUUUAACUACUUUAAACAUUUUGUGUUAUUAGUAAAUCUCUAUAUGAUGCUGCUCAAGAGACUUUUGUUUCUGUGUUAUUGGGAAUUGGAAAGUAUUGUGAAACAUCCUAGCCUGACCAAGCAAUAUAAAGAACAUCCUUCUCAAAUAAAUUAUCAAAAUUAUUUAGAAGGGUGUCUGAUUUCUAAUUUAAAAGUUAAACUACCUUAGAAAUUUCUUUCCAACUAUUAAUUUCUAAAUUAAAAACUAGGAGAUAUCCUAAAUAUAUUCAUAAAAAUAGAUAAAUAACUUCAUAUAAUGAAGAUCUAUCAAAGUUUUAAUUAUAUAGAUUAUGGAAAUUAGGAUUGGAUCAAUAAUUUGACCAUUUUCAUUUGUCUUUGAAUUGCUACUUAUUUUUAUCAAACUAAUUGUUCAUAUUAUUAGAUUCUUAAUACAACUAGAUAUUAUUAGAGAUGAAUUAAAGAAUGUUUUAAUCAAUAACAAAUACAAAUUCUAGUUGUGUCAUUAAAUAUUAGAAAUCUAAUGUAAAUAAGCAGGAAGGAGAUGAUGAUAUUGGCAUGAAGCAAUUAAAGGUAGAAAAACUCACGUUAAAUUUUACAAUAGACGAAAAAAUAUUAUCAUCAAUAACUAAUAUAAUCAAAUCAAAUGUUGAAAUUCUUAACGUAAAAGAAAAUAAAAUAUUUAGUAUUAUGAUGCUAAUUUGA